UGUCACGCCUCGUUUUCAGGGGCGCAUGUUGUGAAGCGGUACGGCGCACAAUUCAGAAUGGCUUCGUCGGGAGAUGGACGUAUUGGGGAUGUUGAUGGUGCUGGCGAUCAGGCAGACUGCGGUGCUUGUACUAGUGAGCCCAGGAAUACGAAGUCAGACAAGGUUACUGAACAGCUAUUGCAAACUGGAACAGUGCUGCUUAAAAACUUUAUUUAUGAUCGAAUCCAGCGUCAGGCAGAUGGUGUCCAGGUGACAGCUACAUUUUCUGACCUUCAGGUCACAAGGGAAGAAAUUAAUGAUCCAUCACUGAAAAAGCUUGGUAGUUGCUUGCGGCAGAUUGGUGAUGAACUUGAUGGGAAUAUUCAGCUUCAGAGAAUGAUUGACUCUGUACCUAUUCAGUCUCCUAAAGAAGUCUUCUUCGAGGUGGCUAUGGAGAUAUUCUCAGAUGGAACUUUUAAUUGGGGUCGUGUUGUGGCCCUGUUCUACUUUGCUUGUAAACUAGUAAUUAAGGCUUUAUGCCAGAAGAUCCCAGAAUUGAUUCGUACAGUCAUUAGCUGGACCAUAGAAUAUAUACGUGUGCAUAUAGUCCAGUGGAUUCGAGAACAAGGUGGCUGGGUAUGUUAA